AUGACUGUUCGCAACCAAGGUCUCGCCUCUUCGCGGAGCAAGUCCCGCAAGGCUCACUUCUCUGCCCCUUCCUCCGAGCGCCGCGUUCGCAUGUCCGCUUCCCUCUCCAAGGAGCUCCGUGAGAAGUACAACGUCCGCUCCAUCCCCCUCCGCAAGGACGACGAGGUCACCAUCGUGCGCGGCUCCAACAAGGGCCGUGAGGGCAAGAUCACCUCCGUCUACCGUCUGAAGUACAUCGUUCACGUCGAGCGUGUUGUCCGCGAGAAGACCAACGGCCAGAGCGUUCCCCUCGGCAUCUCCCCCUCCAACUGCGUCAUCACCAAGCUCCACCUCGACAAGGACCGUGAGCAGAUCCUCGCGCGCAUCGCCAAGGGUCGUGAGGCCGUCAAGUCGGCUUAA